AAACCUCAUCUUGAAUAUAGAAAAAGGUGAUCAGAGGCCAUGGGCAAUUCAGGUGCAGCUCAAUUUGCAGCUUUACUCAACAAACUGUCAGUAGUUGUAUUCAUUGUUGCUCUUAUUCUCAUUAUUUAUUUAAUUGCUCGCUGCAUCAGAUUUUCCAACAGAAGAAGAUCAAUGACCUUUCAUUUAGCAGAGGAAAACCCAUCAAUCAUAGCCAUGCCGGUUGGUCUGCAGAGAGAGUUUAUUGAAGCUCUGCCAACAUUUGUGUUCGAACCAGAGCAAAUGAAGAUUGGGCUUGAGUGUGUAGUUUGUCUGUUGGAAUUCCAGGAAAACGAUAAAGGCAGAGUUUUGCCUAAUUGCAGCCACAGUUUUCAUAUAGGUUGUAUUGAUAUGUGGCUCUUUUCUCACUCUACAUGCCCUGUUUGCAGAACAAAAAUUGAGGGCUUUUCUCCUGGAAAAAGGCCAGAAUUGCCAGAUAGCGAGAACUUACGAGUUGUUUCAGCUUGUGGGCAUGGCAGCAAUGGCCAAUCAAGCUCUAGCUCAACAAACAUGGAUGAAGCAAAACUUUUGCCUGAAACUGCUAUCGACAUCUCUGUGUAAAUGUGAAAUUGCUUUUGAUGGGCAGCUAAGUUUUACUUUUUACUAGUCCAACUUGCCCAUGAACUACUUGCCGACUUUACAUGUAUCAUUCGAAAGGAUUUGUUGGUUACAAAU